CACCUUUGCAUAAAGUGAAUGUCUUAAAGGAAGAAUAUUUGGAAGAAGAAUUUCUGGCCAUUGUUAAGCAUGCUAAAGGAGAUGCCACAUUUGCAAGCUUGUCGAAAAAAUUGAAUAAAGAAAAAGUAGAAGGCGUAUAUCGUUUGCCUGUUUUUAAGAAGACAUUUUGCAAAAACUUAACAGAGGAACUUAACAAUUUUGAAAAUAGCAACAUGCCAAAAGGUCGUCCAAACACAAUGAAUAAUGGUGGAAUAUUACUUGAUGAAUUAGGAUUCAACGAGAAUUUUAUUACACCGCUGCGUGAAAGUUACCUUGACCCUAUUGCAAAGAUUCUAUUCCCGGAUUGGGUGGACGAAAAACUAGAUUCACAUAAAUCGUUUACAGUCAAUUAUAAAGAAGAUCAAGAUUUAGACUUGGGAUUUCAUUAUGAUAAUGCAGAGGUAACCUUGAAUGUGUGCAUUGGAAAAGAUUUUGAUGAUGGAAGCCUAUAUUUUGGUUCAAUGAGGCAGGAAUGCAAUAGGUCUGACAAAACUGUGGAAGUCAAACAUAAAGUUGGUGAAGGAGUGUUACACAGAGGACAACACAAACAUGGUGCCAUGCCCAUUUCAUAUGGCGAAAGAACCAACUUGAUUAUAUGGAUGAGAUCUUCAUCAAUUAGAAACCAGCUUUGCCCUAUGUGUGAUAACAAACCCACACUUGCACCUGCUAUUGGCUUGGGUGAUGGAUUUACAAGACAUGACACACCAACAGUGCAAGUAUGCAGUUUACAUUAACGACUCGUGCCACACUUAAUCAAAUACUAGAAUGUGAAAAGCUGUGAGGCUAAUCCAAUUUAAGAAUGUUUCAAAAAAUCAAAAUCAUGUCAUUGCUACAGUUUCCUUCAAUUGCUCUUGCUAAGUAUUUUUAAAUAAUUAAUUGCAAUAAAUAUAUUUAUUUAUAAUAGAA